GGGCUGCAUCAAAUAUAGGAAGUUAAGCUACCAACAUUAAAAUUAUAACUGUUAGUUUUCUAUUUGUUCCUUUCUUUUCUUUGAGACAAAAAGAGAUACAACAAUGACACUUCCGGGAUAAAUAUAGCGGCAACUAUUUUUAGCCAAUCACAGAACGCCUUUUCAAAUAAAUUCUUCGGCGUCGUUGGCGCUUGGCGUUGUCGGAUUGCGUUUCGCUUGUGUGGCGUUUGGAAAUCGCGUUGUGUAUUGUUGUGAAUUUCGAUUUGGCGUCUGUAAACAAAGAAUAUUAAAAUUUCUAUAUCUUUUGAUACUGAAUCAAUGAAUAUACAAUUUCUUUGACAAUAAUGUCAACGAGAAGCGGUCGCAUAAGGCCUACUUUAGCUGAGGCUAGUCCUCCAAGGGUUCGGAAAGGUGUUUCACCGCCGAGGCGGUCUCCCGGACGGACGAGGAAGAGUUCACCCCCCGUGAGGUCUUCAUCCCGCAAGUCACCUUCACGUAAAUCACCCAGUCGCAAGCCAGCCUCUAAGUUUCCCGCUCGAAAGUCGCCAGCGAGAACUACUAAGGAGGCCACUGAGACUGCAUCCCAGAAGUCGCCUGCAAAACGGCCGGCAAUCAAAUCUGAUGUUUCUGUAAAAUUACAAGAUUUUACAAAGCUGGAUAUAUUCCGGGGCACGCGAUCAAGGCGCUCCGAGUAUUCCAUCAAGGACUUGCAAAAUGAUUUGCCGACCCUGGAUAAAGUUGAUAAAGUCAAUGGUGUUGAUGCUUUGGACUCUAGUGAAGUGUAUGGCUUACGAAACAGGAAAUCAGUUGAUGAGGUGACACCUCGCAGAUCUAGCCGGAUUCGGGAAUUUGUUGAGAAAGUGCCAGACAUCCGGAGGAGUCUCAGUAAGUCCUUAAGCAAGUCGUCUAUUAGCAAAUCUGUUAGUCAGUCGAUAGACACUUACUCUGAUGACGAACACUCUGAAGAAGACUUGAUGAAAACGAAAUCAGAGUCGGUGACUAGGAAAUUAGCGACACCGCUGAGGGAGAGUGUGAGCAAGCUGGCACAAGUGAGCAGCCGAUGGGAGUUUGGUGGAAGAGUAGGAUCUGCAUUAUUGAUGCUCCUACUUCCAGUGACAAUAUUUGCCAUUCUGUUAUCAUGCACAAAAUCGUGUUCAGCCAAGUCUCUAUUAGAUCUGUCUGCAUACAAAUCAGCAUCAGCCUGGUUUAGCUGGGAAGCACUAGCUGUUGUUACUACGCAGAGCAUAACACUGGCCAUGUUGGCAUUUGUACCAAUACUUGGAACAAAAGCUGACCGAAUGGAUGAAUCUGGCACAAAGUAUUAUUUCAAUGCAUUCUUCUCAAGUAUUUUCACUGUAAAUGUUUUAUUUACACUGAGUUACUUUAACUUGUACAACAGCAAUAUAUUGUUGAGCAACUAUUUGAGAUUGGCAGUGGCAUCAUACAUAUUGGCUGUUAUUUUGAGCAUCAUCUUGUAUGUGAAGAGCCGUAAAAUGGAUGAUAGUGACCUGAACCCUUAUGGAAAUACUGGAUAUAAAUUAUAUGACUUUUGUAUGGGAAGAGAGAUCCAUCCAUACAUCAAGAAUUUGGAUGUCAAAAUUUGGGUGUCAAGGAUUGCCAAUAUAAAUACUCUGAUUCUUGCAGUAUUAAUCUUCCAACACGGAGUGCACCUGCCAGCUAAAGCUGGAAACUUGACCACUGAAAACUACAAGGAAUUCCUGAGCAAAGUACAGUUGAAGCCUACAAUCCUUAUAUUCUCAAUGAUGCAGAUUAUCUAUAUCCUAAACUUUGUGAUGAAGGAGUAUAAGAUUACUACCACAUUCUACUGGCAAUCUGAAGGCUUGGGAUACCUACAGUGUGUGGCUGCGGCCCUGUACCCGUUCUACUUCACAACAAUAUCUAAAUACAUAGUAGACACACAGUUGUCCCUCUCAACUAACGCACUAAUAUUUGCUUCAACUCUCUAUGUGCUGGGAUUCUUCUUAAUGCUUAUCAGUAACAACAUUAAAUAUGAGUUCAGGAGAAAUCCUCUGCAGCCAAGCUUGUCAAACUUAGACUCGAUGCCGACGUUCCACGGAAAAAAACUGCUUGUGUCUAGUGUUUGGGGUGUGGUUCGUCAUCCGAACUAUGUGGGUGACAUUCUGAUACACAUAGCGUUGGCACUGCCAGGGAUAUUGUCCCAGCAGUAUGUGGCUGCAGUACCGGCGUUACUUACAAUAGCACUGCUCCUUCACCGCGCCUGGCGGGACCACGCCCGGUGUCGGAGGCGCUACGGGGCCGCCUGGGAAAGGUAUUGCAAACGAGUCCCCUCUAUCUUUAUACCCAAAGUUCUAUAAUCAUGCAUAAAAUUAAGCCUCGUCAUGAUAACUCAAUGGUUGUAGCAUGCAGCCCAAAUAUAUUGACUACGCGUUAAAUAAACCAAUUCGAUUGGUUGAAAUACGACGUCUUACGCGAUAUGCGGGCACCAUGUGUUGGUUGUAGGCUUUAUUCUAUUUCACAGUUUCGUCCAAUGAACUGCCGGCUCUAAUUCAAUGCAAUGGUUUUCUGAACUUGCAAAACAAUAAUUUUAUCAAUAAAUAACUGUAUAUUGAAUGCAAUGAUAUUGAAGAAUAGUUUCAGUUAACACUUUGAUAUAAUAAUAAAAUUUUGAUUUAUUGACUACAUAGAGUAUUUACGAUAGUUGGAUUUUAUCUUAAAGUUGCCGAAUAAUCGCUUAAUCAAUUAUUUACCCCUAAAUAAUCUAAAUAUCGAUAUGCCUAUUGAUAGUAUUGAUACUAUCGACAUUGGAAAUUCUACAAUUAUAUCGAUUAUAUACUAAAAUUGUUAGAUAUAAUUGAUUGUAAAAUAAUUGCAAUACUAUCUAUUAUGUGUAUUGCAAUAAUCGAUUAUCGAAGAUACUAUUGUUGUAUACUUUAAGCAAUAUUACCUAAAGAAUUUUCAAUAUCGAUAGUAUCGAUUUAUUCGAUAGGCAUGUCAUUAUCUAGAUUAUUUAGGUGCUUAGAAAAUAAUUGAUUAUCAAUCAAUAUACAGUCGAUUAUCGGGCAACAAUAUACUAACCAAACCGUGGCAAGUUUGGCAAAUCAUCCAGCAUUAGUUUAAAAUAUUUACAUUUUUUGUACAUAAUAAUUAUGUAUUGUGAAUAAAUAAAUUUCAUCAAACAUAUUUUGAGAUAAUUGAUGCUAGUGAAAGAUCUCGAGUAGUUAAUUUUACAUAGACUAUUAUGUAAUUCUAAUUAUGUUGUUGCUUGAGAUUAUAUCUGCCAUAACAGACCACCGGACAAAUGAAUACUAAAUUAGCUCUCUGAAUUAUAGUAGGUAUUUAGGUUUAUAGUUUUAUGAAAUUAUGUUUUUUAAUUUUUAUUUGAUUAAAUUCUUGAGGCGUUCAAUGUAUUAAAAGAACAACAUAGUGUUGAUUAGUUAAUUAUAAUGUAAUGAACUGAAAUAGUACCAACUAAUAUAAUCAAUCAUGCAUAUUUUUUAUUGUUUUUUACAAGAAAAAUAGGUACAUUUUUGCAUUUUUAUCAUACCUAUCUAAAAGUACAAACAUCUAAUUGCAAAGACUUGAUAAAAUUUCAUAACACCUGUUAAUGUAACAGUUGAAAAUGUGACGUUUUUUACAUUUUUAUAGUACUUAGGAAUUGUAUAUUAAUUAUACAUAAAACAUAAAUUACAUUUUAAAGUUGUAUUAAAUGGCUAUUUCAAUCGAUUAAAUAUUGUAUAAUCUCUAUUAUGGUCUGUUUUACAAUACAUUUGAAGUUUUAAAUUAUCUUAAGUUGUGUGUGAGUAGGAAUAUUGUGUUCCGGACAAAGUGUGCCUCAAACUAUUCUCUAAGUUAGAGUAAUCGCUUCAAAAGCAUGUAAUAUUAGUUAAGGUUUUGCUCAUCAUUUAAAAAGACAUUGAAGGUAUGAAAUUAGUCGAAUGUUAAAUCUCAUGAAAUGUUCCGCCUCACAAACGUAAAUACUUAAAUUGAACUUGCCAUAUCACAUUCACCAUUUUUUAAAUAUUUGCUCAAAUAUUUCAAUACUUAGAUCUACUUAUUUUAUCACAGGAUAUUUUCUUCCAAAAGGCGCACUUCUUUAGUUAAAUCUCUUCUUUUUCUAGUAUAGUGUUUAUUUAGCAAAGAAAACAAUAAUUUUACUCAAUAAUUUUAUUUCUGUUCGAAUCACAAUUAUUUUUAGUGUGUCACGAAUCUUUGUGUUAAUA